CAGCCACAACCCCGCCGCGCCGUCACACACCAUCUCCGACGCCCGCCCGCCACCGCUAGACCGUCGAUCCCGCCGGCCGGCGCAGGCGCAUAUGGAGAUCCCACGCAGCCUCGGCGUCCAUGGCAACGAGGGGGAGGAGGAGGAGGAGGAGUACGACAGCGUCUUCUACGAGGACAUCGAGGCGCCCAAGUUCGUCGACCUCACCGCCCCCGACGACUCCUGUCCCGCCGACGACCCCUCCUGGUUCUGCAUCCGCGUAGGCUGCGACCAGAGCCACGAGCAUGUCGACCCGGAGGCGCUGCACAGGAGCUUCGUCAUGCGGGUCAUGGCGGCGAGGAGCCCCAACGUGAGGCUGCACAAAGCCAUCAGCAGGAGAAACCAGAGCUCGAUGCUGCCGAAGUGCCCUCACUCUGCGCCGGCGAAGCCGCCGAGGACCCGGAUGACCAGGCUGAGCCUGGCGACGGAGGCGGCGCGGGCCAGGCUGCAGGGCCACCGGAUCCGCGGACUGCGGGACUCCCCGGUCCGGAUCAAGGCGGCGAGGGUCGACGCGUCCAGCGCGAGGAAGAAGGCUCUCACCACGCCCAGGAGCAAGACCGCGCGGCCGAGGCAGGAGCCCUUCCUCAGCGUGAAGCACCAGAAGGCGCCGGUCGCGACGGCGGCGGCGGAGAUCAAGGGCACCGUGGUCAAGGCGCUCUUCAUGACCACGCCCAGGAAGGAGGCCGGGCGGCAGACGCCGGCCAAGAGCCAGCCUCGUCCCGUGGCCGAGGUCUGCUCCAAGAUGAAGAAGCUCAACCUGGCGUGCCGGGAGGUGCCUAGCAGGUACCUGUCGCAGCUGCCCACUCCCAAGGUCGCCAACAAGUGCGAGGAGGAGACGGCGGCGGUGAAGAUCGCCAAGAGGGUGCAGGAGCCCAGGAACGGGAAGAAGAUGAUCUUAGGCUGUUUAGUGAAAUGCGCCAAUGCCGAAGCAGACCAAGAGAACCGAAGUGGCCGUGAGCACAUCAACAAGGAUGAGAACUCCUGUAAACGAACCGCGAGGCGCAAUUGGGGGGAAGAACCCAAGGAGGUGCUGCAGGAGUCACGGGUUGAGGUGGUGGAACCGUUGCAGCCCGACAUUCAUGGCGACGACAAGGAGAAUGCACCGUGCUGCGAUCAGCUCGCCGAGCAAGCCUUGAUUCGGGAAGAAGAAGAAGAAGAUGAAAACAGCAAGCGGUCGGAGAACAAUGAGAAUGCUCCUCGCAAGGUGCUUAAAAGGCAGAACAAGGUGAAUGCAGAGCAGGGAGGGAAGCUUAAGAAAAAUACCAUCCUAAGGCCAUUCAGGCUAAGGACUGAUGAAAGACAGGUGUUGAAAGAUGCAAAUCCAGAAAGAAAACCUACGGCCUCCGAGAAGAACACCAUGCCAAAGGAUGAAAAUAGGCGAGUGAUGCAAACUGGAAGAUGCCCUGAUGGUAAGGAAAGAGAUAAACUGACUUGUGGCGACAAGCAGAGGAAACAAAUUACACACGCUGCCACGAGUCGGCUUGGUGAAUCUAAAACGGUUUUGAGUAGUAUCCGUCCCAACAAUGCGAGGCCUGCGCUGACUAAAGGCAAAACCGUAGAGAAAUCACAGAGGGCAGCGUCAUCAACAAGAACAGCCAAAAUAACAAGUGGUUCCACCGCACCCUCUCGAAUUGGAGAAAAGAGGAAGGCCCCCGUGAAAACAUCCAGGCUCCAAACAGCGGCAGCUUGACUAGAACAUGUGGCAAAAAGAAAGGAAAGAGGACAACGAUUAUAUUGUCUGCUCCAUCCAAAAGACUGUGCGUGUAUCUAUGGCGUCGAACUGGUUUUGUGAGUUUUGUCAACAAGAGGUGUACACUAAGGAGGGGGUUGGCCAGGAACUCUCACACCAACAGGGUUCUGUCAGGUUUCCCAGUUUUUGUCCAUGGAAUUGGUGUGAUUAGUAAAACUCUAUUGUUAUGUAUCAUCUUUACUAGAUAUUCUUUUGUAGCUGAAAGCCCGGAAGAAAUUUCAUUCAGCGGUGAAAUGUGUAUCUAUGUCGUUGAAUUGGUUUUCAGAGUUUUAUUAUAAAUGGAAGUGUGUCCAUGAAAUUUAUGAGAAA